CGGUCAACAACAACCUCAUCCUCUACUCCUCCCACCCCCAGUAACACCUCUUAUCUCAAUCCUUCCACCAACCGCCACGAUGUCAAAGAUCGUGCAUAUCGCUUCCAAGGAGCAAUUUAGCGCCCUACUGAGCUCGAGCACCUUCGUCGUAGCCGACUUCUACGCAGAUUGGUGCGGACCAUGCACUGCCAUCGCGCCCGCGUACGAGCAGCUAGCCUUGCAGCUGUCUCGCAAGGACCGGAUCACAUUCACCAAGAUCAACGUUGACCAGCAGCAAGAUAUUGCCAAGGCAUACGGCGUCACGGCGAUGCCCACCUUCAUCGUCUUCGAACGCGGCCGCCCAACCUCGACUGUCCGCGGCGCCGACCCGAACAAGCUCAACGACGUCGUCCGCAAACUCGCCGCGGAGGCCAACAAAGCCGAACCUUCCGCCGAAGGCUCAGGCAGCAGCAGUGGGGGAUAUUGGAUCGGAGGGGCUGUGCCGAAGGGCUACAGUGACAUCACAGACCAAGUCGACCCGAAAGGACUGGAGCUGCUGAACCGGGCUAGCGAGUAUGGCACGGCCAGGACGCUUUUCGAUGGGCCCAAACCCUCCGCUCUGAACAGCAAAGGCAAGAAUGCAGGAAGUCCGGAUUGGGUGGAGAGCGACACCGAUGAGCAGCUGAUGCUGUUUUUGCCUUUCCAGUCCACCGUCAAGGUGCACUCGCUACAGAUUACAUCCUUCCCGCCCAGCGAAGACGAUGAACGUGACGAGGAUGAACGCCCGAUGCGCCCCAAGACGAUCAAGCUGUACACAAACCGCUCGCACGUAUUGGGCUUCGACGAGGCGGACGAUAUCGACCCGGUGCAGGCGGUGGAAAUCCAGCCGCAGAGCUGGGACUCUAACACGGGAACGGCUACGGUGGAUCUGCGAUUCGUCAAGUUCCAGAAUGUGACCUCGUUGGUGAUAUUCUUCGUGGACGGCGAUGGGGAAAGUGAGAAGUUGCGCGUGGACAGGAUCCGCGUCUUCGGCGAGGCCGGCGAGAAGAGGGAGUUGGGCAAGUUGGAGAAGAUCGGUGAUGAGCCCGGCGAGUAAGUGAUUAUACAGACGAGAUGUGGUAUGUAUGUACUCCGUACUUGGCAGGUGUUGACGGCUCGGGCGCGAUGUUCAUAAUGGCGGGCUUAGUGAUUGCACGCAGAUAGAACUUGCAUGAAGUCAAAAGACUACAAAAGCACAUAGGUACAGCAUGCCUAAGUAGCGAUGAC